AUGGCACAUACCCAGGCUCAGCUCCGCGGCAGCAUCGAGGACUGCUGCGGCCGCAUUUCCUCGCUCGAGCGCGCGCACGAGGCCAACAGGCCUGCUCUGGCACAGCUCGAUUCGCUCCAAGAGGGCGCGGCGUCGGUGGAGCGGAGGAUGCGCAUCAUCGAGACGGCCCAGAUCCAACUGCAGGAGACGUGCGACUCGCUGAGGAGCGAGGCCAAGCGGCACUUUGUCGAAGGACGCAGGCGUCUCGAUGCAAUGGAUACAAAGCUCGCUCAAGCAUCGUCAGCAGCGGCAACAUCUACGAGCAGCAAAGACGAGGAAAAGGCCCGCGCGACGAAGCUGCUCGAAUUGCUGAAGCCCCAGCUGUCGAGCAUCGUCGCCCACACCGUGAUUCAUGUCCUCGGCGAGAUGCAGGCGCCCCGUACCGCCACUGGCCAGCAGGACAGCAACAUGGUCUCGCCCUCGGCCAGCUCGAUCUUUUCGAGCUGCCGCACGGCAAGCGAUGCUGCUGACAGCCCCACAAAGGAGCCUGCGCCGCAACUCGACCUGCAGCAGCGCCUCGCACUCGAGCGCCUCAUCCACCACUCGGACCGCCUCGUCAAGGACGGCGGCAUGCGGUACCAGCCGAUCCUCUCGGCGCCCGUCUUUGGUGCCACGUCGACGUUCCAGCGCCGCGGUUCCGGGGCGCAAGCUCCCUCUCCCUCUCCCACCUUUCGUCCUCCCCAUUCGGCCCGGGCAUCGUCACCAACACCGUCCGCAACCGCGUCGCAGGCGUCGCGAGCGGCAUCGUGCCAGGCAACUACGAGCAGCAAGCCACCGUGGGCCAACAGUCUGUGGUACAACCCGUCGGUGCAGCCUGAACAAGCACCGACGCAGGCACCAGCCCAGACACCGCCUCCUCCGCAGACGCAAUCGCAAUCGCAAUCGCAAUCGCAACUGCAGACGGUGAGGACGCUCCAGGUCUCUGCAUCGAACGUGGCCGUGACGACUCCGGCAGGGGCAAAGAAUGGAGCCAUGGCCGCCUUGAAGAAAGAAGCCAACGAAGCACAGAGCGCCAACGUCGUCUCUGCGAUCCAGGAUCUCGUCUCUCAGGUGCAUCUGGGCGACGGUACCCGGCCCCGGUCCAGCUCCAGGUCCAGCAGUGGUCAAGCUAGUGCGGCCACUGGCUCUGCUAGUGACCACUCGAACGACACUGCAAACACUACCCCCGCCGAGGUGUCGAGCAGUGUCACGCCAAGCACUGUUUUUAGGCCAGCUGCGACUGAUCCUGCCCUUACCACCUCGCGUGCUUCAGCCAAUGCAGCCAGCGUCGCCUCGAGCAGGCCCACACCCAGCAGCGCCUCGAACAGGCCCACACCCAGCAGCGAUACAGCGACCGGCUCGAGGGGCGCCGCGGGCGUUGACGGGGUCGCUACCACGGCGCAAGCUCCUGCAAAGCACAUUCUGCCUGCACCGAAGAGCAAUGCUCCCCCCUCCUCUGCUGCUAGUAGAAUUCCGGGCAUCCCCGCCGAUUCGACGAGACCAAAUUCGAAGAAGAGCAGCGCUGUCGCCAGCAAGGAGAACAGCGCAAAUCCCACGCAGACGACAAGUUCCAAUGUGGUAGACUUGGUUUCACCUGAGACCGCUCCUACUGCUUCUCAAACGCAGACUUCCAGUAAUACUCAGUCACCUUCCUCUCAAGUUUCGCCCAUUCAACGUCCAGACACGACGCCGGCAGCUGCGACAAAGAGCCCACCGACACGUUGUGAGCUACGACAGGAGACUUCAGCAACGACGUCUCCGACCGUCACUCGCGCCAGCAGCGCUGAGAAGUCUGCUGAGCACGUCGCCGGCCCACGGAGUGAGCCACCGCGCGCCACAGAGGGGGCCUCGACUCACGGACAAGAGACCACUGGCGGAAGAGAGGACAAUGACAGCGGUGACGGCGGCGACGCCAGAAGUCACUCCCCGAGGAUGCAUACGAGCACGUCAAGAGAGGUGGCCAGAAGAGCCAUGGACCAUCUCUUCGAUCCAGAUUUUUUGCCCGAGAGAGCACCCUGGUAUCGCAGGUGCCUGUAUGCGUCGCGGCACUUCUCCGAUGUCCCCGUCCUGGCCUAUUUAGACCUGUCCAAGUCGCCCCUGAUUGUCAAUGUCAACCAGACGACGAACGUGACGAGAAUCUCGCGCACGCUGGCCGACAUUCUUCGAGAGCAUGCUCGGCGGGGGCUGGGCACCAACGAGCCACCUGUGUUCAGUGAAGAGGGAGACUUGUGCAGCAUGGUGCUCCAGAUCCCUGGGCGAGACGUGCACACCGGCGACGUCGACUUUGUCAUCCGGAUGUUCCACUUUCUUAUCGUCCCAGACGCCAGACUCGUCAAGGACAUUGUCAUUGGCAAGGACCAGCUCGGCAGAAACUGCCUCACACACAAGCCCAGGGGCCAGCUCUUGUUUACGUCCAGGUCUGGGUCCGAGAUUAUGGUCACUCAGACAAAAAAAGCAUACCCUCCUGCUGCCAGACGGUGCAACACCACCACCCAUUACGAGCGUGCUGCUGCCGAAGGGCACCGUGAGCAUCCGCGUGAGCAGCAGUCGACCAUGACCGCAUAUACGGACGCCCGUGAACCUUCACCACGACGCUGGCCCGACCCGGCGCAGCAGCAGCAGCAGCAGCAGCACAUGCACCGUUAUUCGCCACCGGAGACGGCCGACAGCAACCAGGGCACACACGGUGCGUCCAGAAAGCACGCGCGUGACGAAGAGGGCGAGGACGGCGGCGAAGCGGCUCCCUUUCGACCGGCCCCGCCCGUGAGACAGAGGACCGCACCGACAGCAGCCGCGUACGAGCACGGGUCGGGAAGCCCACCGGAUGCUUCGAGGGGCGGCGUGUCUCUCCGAGAGCGUCUGGCGCCUGCACCCAUCCCAUCCCUUCUCGAGCGCAUCUCGUGA